CCUUUCUGCAUAAAAAGAGUUUUAAUUCAUGCGAGCAGCGCUGCUCAUCACAAGCGACUGUCCAUGACUCAUUCGUGUAACCCACAGAAGCGACAGCACUACUAGUUUUCAUUCGUUGACUGUCAGCCAUGGAGGAAGAUCCUGUACCAAACAUGGAGGAUGAGGAUGAUGAAGAUGAAGAUGAGCUGGACUGGCUGCAGGAGCAGGAGGUGUUUGUGUCCAGAGAGAGUCCAGCGGAGCGCAGCGGCCACAUCGCUGUCACUGACGGCAGCUGCAUGUUCAUAUGGGGAGGAUACAAGAAUGCAGAUAUCGAAGCGGCUGAAUUCACCGACUUGUAUUUGCCGAAGAAUGAAAUCUGGAUAUACAACAUGGAGACGGGAAGAUGGAGAAUGGAGCGUUCGGAGGGCGACGUGCCGAACUCGAUGUCGGGCAGCUGCGGCUCGUGUGUGGACGGCGUUCUCUAUCUGUUCGGCGGACAUCAGGCCCGAGGAAACACUAAUCUGGUCUACCGUCUGCCGCUGAGAGCGUCUGUGCUCCGCUGGGAGAAGAUGAGCGAUCUGACGGGUCUGGCGCCGACCUGCAAAGACAAGCUGGGCUGCUGGGUUUACAGAAACCAGCUGGCGUAUUUCGGUGGCUACGGCUACAUAGCGCAGCCCGGUCACAGAGGAACAUUUGCACUCGAUGAAAAUUCAUUCAUGGGCAACCACGCAGGACGAGGCUGGAACAAUCACAUACACAUUCUGGAUCUGGAGACGUCAGCGUGGAGCCAACCCAUCACUAAGGGAGACGCUCCGUCGCCACGAGCCGCUCACACCUGCGCUAGCAUCGGAAACAGAGGUUACGUCUUCGGAGGCCGUUACAUGGAUCAUCGGCUGAACGAUCUGUACUGCAUCAACAUGGACACGUGGGAAUGGAGUGAGAUGUGUGUUCCUCAGCACGGUCCUGUCGGCCGCUCGUGGCACUCCUUCACUCCGGUGUCAGCGGAUCAUCUCUUUCUGUUCGGCGGCUUCACUACCGACAGAGAAACACUGAGCGAUGCCUGGCUGUACUGCGUCAGUAAGAACGAGUGGAAACCGUUUAAACACGAGCACACAGAGCAGCCCAGACUGUGGCACACGGCGUGUUUAGGUCCUGAUGGGGAAGUGUUCGUGUUCGGAGGAUGUGCCAAUAAUCUUCUCUCUCAUCAACAGGCCGCUCAUAGCAACGAAUUACUGCUUUUCACUGUUCAGCCCAAAUCGCUGGUGAGGUUGUGUUUCGACGUGGCUGUCCUGCACCAGAAGCGACUGGAGCACAUGUGGGACGUUCUGCCCAAAGCCCUGCUCCUUCGGCUCAAACAGAGAACCGUGGCAGAUUCCUAGAAGACAAUCACAGUCAGACGAGAACAAGAGGAUCUCUGUGGGGGAAAAACGAGAGACUUUUAUGAUGGGUUAGUGUCUCAUCUCAUACGGACUGGGAAAGGCAAUGUCAUUUAAGAGUGUAGCAGAAAAACCAUUUAUUCCACUGGACCGAGCAAAAACCAUGCCUGAUUCAUUCAUUAAUACCACAUCUGCAUUAAAAACGUCAAACACUG